AUGGAGGACUCGGAGCUCGACGGCAACGGGAUGUCACCGAGACUUGGGGACUCGGGGCACGGAGGGCUUCGGAGCACGGAGGCAACGGGGGUGUCACCGGGGCUGGGCAGACUGGGAGCAUGGGGGGGUACCACCCCUCACCCCUCCCUGGUGCCAGCAGCCUGGCAACGCCCAUACCUGAACAUCUUCAAGCACUUCCGUGUGGAGGAUUGGAAGCGCUCGGCCAAGGAGGGGGACGUGGCCACCCUCACGGAUGCCAGGCUGAAGGGAACUGUCUACCGGAUCCGGGGCUCGCUGCCCAGCAGCAGCUACCUGCAGCUGCCCCGUGCUGGGACGCAGUCGCUGGGGCUGGUGGGACGCUACCUCUACCUGCUCUUCAAGCCCCUGCCACACAAGCACUUCCUGGUCCACCUGGAUGUCACCACCGAGGAGCACCAGGAGGUUCGCAUCUCCUUCUCCACCCUCUUCAAGGAGUUCAAGUUCACAGCCACCUGGCUGCAGUUCCCCUUCGUCUGUGGCGCUGCCCAUGGAGGCAGCAGGGCUGCUUCUCUCGAGGGAGCUGCCCCUGCUGACGUGCGCUGGACCUGCCUGGUGCUGGACCUUCCUUCCACCCUCUCCCUCUACCUCAGCUGCCGCUACCGCCACCUGAAGAGCAUCAAACUCUGCUCCAACCUGCUGGUGAGGAACCUCUGCACCAGUGACCUGCUCUUUGACCCAGGUGUGACCUUCUCUGAGGCACGGCAGGCUGGCCUGGUGUGCCAUGGGGUUGUGCCCAUGCCACGGGAAAUGGCAUUCCCUGUGCCCAAGGACCAGAGCUGGCACGACCUCUACGACUACAUCAGGUUCCCAUCCCAGGGCUCUGAGCUGCUCUUCAGCUCCAUCUGGAAGAGCUGUCCUGAUCCAGUGGCAGGUGGGAAGGCUGUGGACAGCAGCCCAGGCUGUGCCAGCACAGGUGGGCAAAUCUCAGAGGACCUCAUCUGCCAGCCAGCCCAGCCAGCCAUGCUCACCAAGUCAGCCCAGGCCAGAGUGUCCCUCACCCCUCACAGAACCUGUCCCAAAGCUAGACUCUUACCAGAUCCCAUCCUGAAGCUGAAGAUGAUCAUUGGCUUUGGAGGCUGCAGCACCAAAUGGGCACUGUGGACUCAGGACAGUGCUGCAGUGGUGUACCCCUGCCAUGCAGUGAUAGUGACCCUGCAGAUCCAGACUGGAGAGCAGAGGUUCUUCAUGGGGCACACAGAUAAGGUCUCAGCCCUGGCCUUCAACAGCAGCAGCUCCCUGCUGGCUUCCACACAGCUUGGAGCCCUCAGUGUUGGUCGCCUCUGGGACUUCCCCACGGGCAGCUGCCUCUCCGUGUUCCAAACCCAUGUCCACUCUCUGACAUCCCUGAGCUUCUCUGGCAGCGGAGCCCUGCUGUGCGGGGCCGGACGGGACGGACACGGCAGGACGAUGGUGGUGGUGUGGAACACUGCUCAGGUGCCCUGUGGUGGAGAGGUGUCUGUGCUGGCCAAAGCACACACAGAUAUGGACAUCCAGACCUUGAAGUUUUCUUUUUUGGAUGACACCAGGCUGGCAUCGUGUGGCAGUGCCAACGUGCGGCUGUGGCGCCUGCGCGGUGGUGCCCUGCGCUCCUGCCCCCUCGCCCUGGGGCACCUCCAGCCCCUGCACUGCACCGACCUGGCCUUCCACCAGCACCACCACACACUCUUUGUCAGCAGCAGGAGUGGCCACGUCCUGGAGGUGGACUGCAGGAAGGUCUGCGUGAGGAGCGUGCGGCGGCUGCUGCCCACACGGCCCCCGGCCAGGGCAGGCCCUGGGAUUGCUAUAAACAGUAUCAGCAUCUCCUCCACCUUCUGUGCCACUGGGUCAGCAGAUGGCUACCUGAGGCUGUGGCCCUUGGACUUCUCAGCUGUUGUCUUGGAGGCAGAGCAUGAGGCUCCACUGAGCUCCAUCUGCAUCAGCCCAGACAGCAGCAAGGUGCUGAGCAGCACCAGCACAGGGAGCCUGGGCUACCUGGACAUCCAGUCCCAGGACUGGCACACCCUGAUGCGCUCCCACCAGGGCCCUGUGCUGGGCUUCUGCCUGGGGGGGCUCCGGGGGCAGCUGGCAACAGUGGCCCAGGACAGCACCAUCAGGGUCUGGGACCUUGGCUCCAUGCAGCAGCUCUAUGACUUCAGCAGUGCUGAGGACAUGCCCUGUGCUGUGGCCUUUCAUCCCACCCAGCAGAUCCUGGCCUGUGGCUUCAGCAGUGGCUUGGUGCAGACCUUCAGCUUGGCUUCCUCUGAUCUGCUGGUGGAGCACAGGCAGCACCAUGCUGAGAUCACUGGCUUGACCUUCUCUCCAGAUGGCCACUUCAUGUUCAGCUCCUGUCUGCAGGGAACUCUGGCUCUUUACAGCUGUCUGGCAGAGAAAAGCCAAGUCCUGAGGGUGCUGGGUGGUGUGGUGGCUCCGGACGCCGGCGGUGCCGCGGCCACGCUGGUGGUCAGUGCAGACAGCAGGCUGCUGGCCUUCCUGGGCCCUUCCAGGUGCCUUGUGACUGUGAUGGAGGCCUGCUCCCUACAUCAGCUGCUGAGGGUGGACAUCAGCACCCUGGGUUUGAACAGCACAGCCUUGGACUCUGCAAGGAGGCUCUGCUUUGCUGCAGUGCCUGCAGGAGAGCUCCUGGUGUCCACUUGCUCCAACAGGAUCCUUGUGCUUGAUGCAGACACAGGGCAGCUGCUGAGGGAGGUGUCUCCUGUGCACAAGCUGUGCUGCUCUGCCUUGGCCCUGAGCAAGGACAGCAGGCACCUGCUCACCGCUGCCCACAAGCUGGUCCAGGUGUGGGACUAUCAGAGGAGCUUCCAUGGCAACUGCCAGGUGUACAUCGGGCACUCACAGCCGGUGUGCCAGGUGGCCUUCACCCCCGACCAGCGGCACGUCGUCAGCGCUGGAGAUGCCAUCUUCCUCUGGGACUUCCUGGCUCUGCCUGCAGAGAGGUCACCCCCAGCUGGGGGUUAGGGAAGCUCCACAACCCUUUUUCCCUUCACAGAGGGGAGCCCUGAGGAGCUGCAGGAUGCCUCUGAGGCCCCUCGGCAGAUGGUUCCUCAGCCACUGCUGUCCUCCCCAGCUGUCAGCUCUGUCCUCCAGGCAGGAUGUCCAAGCAUCUUCUCUGAGUCAGAAGCAGAGGAGGAAGAAGAGGAGGAAGCAGAGGAGGAAGCAGAGGUGCUGGGCUGCAGGGUGGUGUGGCAUGGAGACAGUGAUGCCUCAGUGCUGGAGUCAGUCAGGAAGGAGGAACUGCUCCUUGUGAGGCCCACAGUGAGGCAGGAGAGCCUGAGGUCUCCUGAACUAUCAGCAGAUGCCAGCACAGAGCUGCAGAGCCCCCGGCCGGGGCCCUCCCUGCGCCCAGGCUGCCGCCGGCACUUCGCUGCCCGCCCCAAGGCAUCACUGCUGCCACAGAGCUUUUUAUCUCCACCAGCUGGCAGGGAGGUCCUGAAGCUGAAGGCGGUGAUGGGCUACAAUGGGAAUGGCAGAGGGAAUAUGGUGUGGGACCCUGACACAGGCUUCUUUGCCUACACCUGUGGCUGCCUGAUUGUGGUGGAAGACCUGCACUCAGGAGCUCAGAGCCACUGGCUGGGCCACCCAGAGGAGAUCUCCACACUGGCCCUCAGCCACCAUGCCCAGCUCCUGGCCUCUGCCUCGGGAAAGAGGGAUGGAGACCUCCAGUGUCAGGUCUGCCUCUGGAACGUGCAGGAUGGGGCUUGCACAUCAAGGUUCUUCCAUCACAGGUCACAAGUACAGUCCAUGGCCUUCUCCAGGGAUGACAGGUUCCUGGUUACCCUGGGGGACUACAGGGACAAGAGCAUUGCUGUGUGGAGCACCUGCACCCUCCAGCUCCUGGCAUCUGCUGGCAUCUGGCAGCCAGCCCACGAGGUGGCUUUCAGUCCCCAGUGUCCCUGGGAGCUGGCCUGUGCGGGGGAGGGAGCCCUCAGGCUUUGGCUCUUGGAGCAGCAGGGACCUGGUGUCAACCUCAAGGUUCUCCAGGCCCCAGCUCCAGAUGCUGUGGGCCCAGUGGAGCUGACCUCUCUCUGCUAUGGUGCCAGCCAUCUGCUGUUCAGUGGCACCAGCUCAGGGCAGGUCUGUGUGUGGGACACUGAGACCAACUGCUGCUUCAUGACCUGGGAGGCUGACCAGGGUGAGAUCGGUGUCCUGCUGUGUGGGCACCACAGGCUGGUGAGUGGCAGCAGCACCAAACGCAUUCGUCUGUGGGCAGUGGGCGCCGUGCAGGAGCUGAGGCUGAAAGGUCCUGAUGCCAGGUGCAGCUCAGUGCUGCUGGAGCAUGAGCUCAGCCUGGAUGGGGCCAUAGUGAGUGCAGCCUUCGACCAGGGCCUGGAGAUGGGCAUCGUGGGCACCACGGCAGGAACCCUCUGGUACAUCAACUGGGCAGAGAGCAGCAGCAUUCAGCUCAUCAGUGGCCACAGGGACAAGGUGACUCAGAUGUGCUUCAGCCCUGAGGAGACUCUCUGUGCCACCUGCGCCGAGGACGGCAGCCUGAGGGUUUGGUCUCUGGGCAGCCUGGAGCUGGUGGUGCAGUUCCAGGUGCUCAACCAGAGCUGCCAGUGCCUGGCCUGGAAGCCUCCCCCCGUGGCUGCCUGUGGAGCUGAGAGCCAGCAGGUGGUGGCAGGGUACAGCAAUGGCACCCUGCGUGUGUUCAGCAUCACCAGGACACAGCUGGAGCUGAAGCUGCACCCCCAUGGCCCUGCAGUCACAGCUGUUGCCUACUCUACAGAUGGAGAAAUGAUCUUAUCAGGGGCUGAGGAUGGGCUGGUGGCUGUCAGCAGCCCUCACACCGGAGUCACCAUCCGUGUCCUGGCUGACCACAGAGGCUCACCCAUCACUGUUCUCCAGUGCACCAGGAAGCAGCAGUGUGACUUUGGGGUGGGGGGCAGUGAGCUCUGGCUGGCCACCAGCAGGGACCAGCGGGUCAGCGUCUGGGCCUCCGACUGGCUGAGGGACAAGUGUGAGCUGCUGGACUGGCUCAGCUUCCCAGCCCCUGCCAGCCUGCAGGGUCUCAAGAGCCUCCCACCCAGCCUGGCUGCCUUCUGCCCUUGGGAGCCUGGCACCUUGGUCUGUGUGGGCUUUGGGAUGCAGAAGGAAGCUUUGUUCUACAACCUGCACAAGAAACAGGUAGUUGAGAAAGUCUCCCUGCCCUACUUUGCCACCUCGCUCAGCCUGGCUCCUGCAGGACGCUUCAUGGCCAUCGGCUUCGGGGAACGGCUCCUGAGGCUGCUGCGCUGCCCCCCCAGUGCUGCCCAGGACUACGCUGGCCACGAUGACUCCGUCCACUUCUGCUGCUUCGGCCCCUCCGGCCGCUGCCUCCUCACGGCCUCGCACAGUACUGUGCUGCUCUGGGAGCUCACGGGCGGCUGA